AUGGGUAUCUCACGCGAUUCGCGCCACAAGCGCUCGGCCACCGGUGCCAAGCGGGCCACCUACCGCAAGAAGAGAGCCUUCGAGAAGGGUCGCCAGGCCGCCAACACCCGUAUCGGUGCUAAGAGAAUCCACCUGGUCCGCACCCGUGGUGGCAACCAGAAGUUCCGUGCCCUCCGUAUCGACUCGGGCAACUUCUCCUGGGGUUCCGAGGGUAUCUCUCGCAAGACCCGUGUCAUCGUCGUGGCCUACCACCCCUCCAACAACGAGCUGGUCCGCACCAACACCCUGACCAAGUCCGCCGUUGUCCAGAUCGACGCCGCCCCCUUCCGUCAAUGGUACGAGGCCCACUACGGCCAGGCCCUGGGCCGCAGACGCCAGCAGAAGACCGGCGAGGUCACCGAGGAGAAGAAGAGCAACAGCGUCCAGAAGAAGCAGGCUGCUCGCUUCGCCGACCACGGCAAGGUCGAGGGUGCUGUUGAGAAGCAGUUCGAGUCCGGUCGCCUCUACGCCGUUGUCUCCUCCCGUCCUGGCCAGAGCGGCCGUGUCGACGGUUACAUCCUGGAGGGUGAGGAGCUGGCUUUCUACCAGCGUGCUAUCCGCAAGUAA